UGACAGAAAUUACGUAUUGUAUUUAUCAGAAAAUAUCCAACCGUAUUCCGUUAUGUCAAUACGAAUGUAAACAUGAAAUAUUUGCACUAAAGGCUUUUAAAUAUACAUUUGUGUAUGUUUAAACUGUGGACAUAACGUAGGUAGUUUUAUUGAUGAACGUAAGCAAUGGACGUGUUAAAAUUUGCAUGGAUAAAACUAACACCGACCCAAGCUUUGAAGUCGUGCGGGAAAUUGGAAAAAGCAUUUUUCGAAACUACAUAUAGACUUGUUUAUAUCACUGGUCUUUCCACAUUCGAAUGUGGUAUUUUCUAUGCUAUUUAUAGUAGAAUUAUUAAAACAAUUAUUGGUUUAUUUAUUUGCGCCGAAAUUUGGAACCUGGUGAGCGAAACGGACAGUCUAGAUGGAAUUAUUGCCAAUAUAAAUGUGACUAUUAUUCAUAUCAUUGCUGUCUAUAGAUAUAGGAAUAUGGCUUCUAAUAAGUUGUUCUACAAGAAACUGGCAGCUUCCACAGAAGUUGCGAACUUCGAUGUAUCGACUAAGGAAAGGAAAAGACUUGUCGAUUUUUGGGCAUCUGAAAACGAGAAGUAUUUGAAAUUACUGCUUACAUUAGGAAUGUGCACGUUAUCUAUAUGGUAUGUCUACCCAUUAGUAGACGGCGUGGAAUACAAUCUGGUUGUAACAAUGCGGCUGCCCUAUGACUUUCGGAAUCCCACCCUAUAUCCUCCUACUUACCUCGCAACGGUUCUGGCUUUCAAUGAAAUAGGAUUCUUCGUUAUGACGAAUGAUAUAAUAAUGCAAGCACAUUUGAUACAUCUUAUCUGCCAAUACGCUGUGCUAGCGAACUGUUUUGAGAACAUUGUGACGGAUUGUUCUUACAAAGAAAUAAACAAACGAUCAAGAUAUAAGAAUCUAAAUUCAGAAAAAUUCAAGAUGAAGUAUUUAAAAAGGUUUGACAAUCUUAUAGAUCAGCAUAAAUUUAUUUUAAAGAAUUCAAUGAAGCUGAGGAACACAUUGAGUUUGCCGAUGCUGUGUCAGCUCGCCUCCAGUGGUAUGCUCAUUUGUCUUGCUGGAUAUCAAGUUGCAUUGACGGUGAAAAUGAGCAUAACAAAAUUUUUGGCAAGCCUGCUGUAUUUAAGUUACAACGUGUUCGAAUUGUUUAUAUUCUGUCGAUGGUGCGAUGAAAUUAAGUUUCAGAGUGAAAACAUCAGUAAUGCAGUAUACUGCUCUAAUUGGGAGUCCGGUGUCGCGCUCAUGCGAGGAGUUCGUCCAAGGAUUAUGCUCGUUAUUGCACGUGCUCAGAAGUCGCUCGCGCUGUCAGCUGGUGGAUUCUUUGACCUGUCACUUGUCACGUUCACUACGUUGAUGAAAACUUCCUACAGCAUGCUGACUGUUUUGCUUCGCUUUCAAGAUUGAAUACGUCAUUACCUUUCUUUACAUUUUACCAUUUCC